AUGGACGACCUUCUCACCCCUGUGAGCACAACCUAUCUCAAACCUCGAAAUGAGCCUGAGCCACUUUUCACAGAGGUUAAACCAGCUUCUAUCCAAAAGAAACCAGCCAGCAUCAGUGACAAGUCAACGGCUGAUGAAAUUAUCGAUGCAUUAAAAAGUCAACCAGACUACGAUGCACUGAUUUCGAUACUGGAUUUUCUAAUUAACCCAAAAUCUGCGUCGAGUAACUUCUCAUUCUCAACUCCCAGUCCCAAAACUGCGUCUAUCGUCCAUUUGCUGGUCUCGGAGAUCGCAUCAAAUUACUGGACACUUUUACUUGAGGGAAACACCGAAGAUGAUACAAAGCGCAAAACAGAACUUCCACGAGAUGCGGAUCUUUUUCUUGGCUGUCUACGCAGUCUGACAGGUCUCAACGCUGUCAUCACACAACUGCGAGUUCUCAUUCAAGAGUCACGGCUAGGAGGCAAAGAAGAGAAGAGAGUAGACUUAUCAAUCAACACCGGCAUUCUGUUGAGUAUUCUUUCUUCCAUUGUUGGCAGUGCUCAGUCAAUCUCCACGAUAUGGAGCUCAUCGACCAGCGGAAUUUCUAGUGCCGCGCUGCAAAGAGUUCAGUGUCAGAAACUUGCAUCAAUUCUCUCGAACGGUCAGAUUGUGUCAGUCGCAGCGGAAGCUUUAGAUGUCCUGGGACGGGAUCAAGUCGACGACAGGGUUCAUUGGAUUGCUGACGGACUAAAAUAUAGCAGAUGGGUGGGAAAUGCUAUUGUGUCUUGGGUUCAUUCAUCUCCUGAACCUAGUGGCAUGGCCUUCGCUUGUGAGUUGUUCCAGAAGUCUCUGUCGCUACAACAUUCAGAAACUCUUAUCAAAAUUGUAAUCGAUGGACUUCUUCUUUCUAAAAGAAACUCAAUUUCAACCUUUAUACAACUUGCUCUCAGCCAACAUCGAACUUCUAAGAAGGUAUUCCAUAUUUUACUUCAGCACCUUUCACAGAAAUACUUGAAUCGUCUGAGCCUGGAAGAUACACAUCCCGACGACAAGGUAUCUGCCGUUGCCGGGCUUCUCGUGGAAGUCGCAUUGAAUGACGAAACGAGAAGAGAUGUUCUUAUCAAUUGGUGUGCAUCUUCAUCAGGUGCUGGUGUUGGCGAUGGAGUAGGUAUUCGCAGAGCUGCCAUAGCUGCACUCGCACGAGACCGAGAAGCGAUUACUACAGUACUGGAGAAAAGCAUUGCACAAUUUGGAGAUGAGCUGUACAUCAGACAUUCGGCAAUGCUUCAGCAAGAUGCGCAUACCCAAAUCCUGCUCCUUGCCGCUGGCUACGUACACAGAGUUUCUCCAAUGAAAUUGACGUUGCUCAUGCGAGUGGGCACAUACAUGAACACCAUCUCCAAUCGCAUUGGUUCCACACAACCCAGAGCUCAGUUUCUUGGUUUGGUAGUUGGGGAAUCGUUGUCUGCUUUGAUCGACGAUAAGAAGCAGAGGCUCGAUUUCAAGAUGGAGCAGACAGAAACAGAGGAGGCGCGGCAAUUAAAGAGCCUAACCGAGGUCUCUGACCCUGUUGGCCCUAUCGACCCUAUCCUAUUCCAGCACGCAAUUGAGACUGUCCCUCAGAAGCAAAAGCCUUUAACGCCAAGCGAGACUCUUCAAAAGAAAUACAAGCAAAAGAAGAAGCCUGUUGUUACCGAAGCUAAGCCAAAAGCCAUCAUCGAGGAGAUUGAUUCUUCAGAAGAGGACGACGAUCUCGCCCCUUACUCGAAAGACUCUGACCCUGAAGACUCGGAUGAUGAUGCAACACUUGUGCAACGCAACAAGCCCAAACCGCCUGUUUACAUCAGAGAUCUCAUAUCGUAUUUCAGAGACUCCGAAUCAUACGACAAACAGUUGCUCGCUUUACAGACAGCUCCAAUUCUCAUCAGACGCAAGGCCAAUUAUGGAACCGAGGUAAGUUCUCACGCUGAUGAAUUGGCUGGGCUUUUGGUGGGUAUACAAGACAAGUUUGAGAUCGAAAAUUUCGAUGAUUUACGAUUACACGGUAUGGUAGCGCUUGUUGUCUCUCAACCUAAGACUAUGGCCCCAUGGUUUGCUCGAACUUUCUUCGAGGGCGACUACUCCCUCCACCAACGGACAUCAAUACUCGUCACGUUGGGCCUGUCAGCCCGAGAACUGGCGGGUUUCGAAGUAUCUCAAUACCAGUCGGCUGCUGCAUUUCCCUCAAAGCGGCUACCUGAAAAGAUGGAGCAACUUUAUAUUGGCUCUGGAAAUGACAGCAGCACCUUACCGUCGUCCCAGCUAAAAGCACUCCCAUCAACUGCUCUCGAGAAUAUUUCACAGUCGCUGACGUCUACGUUUCUUGCUCCGCUUGCUGCAGAAGCAGCCGAUGCCAACACAGGCCCUGAUGUUUUGAAGCUUCAAAGCUUCACGGCCCGCUACAAGUCCAAAUCAGGUUCCAAACCUCGUAUGCGUGAUAUUCCCAAUACGACUGCCGCUUUGCUUGCGACGUCCUUCUUUUCCCCACUCACGGCGCAUUUCCAGGUCGCGCUUCGUUCUGCCAAACCAAUCGUACUCAACCAUGCACUUCUGGCGCUCUAUCUACAGACGUUAGGCAUUGUUGUUCACGCCGCCGGGCCCUCCACACUUUCGCUGCCACAGUUAACUGCGGAGCUAUGGGAUUUACUUCUAGGCGUUCGUGUACAUGUUUUUGGUGAUCUCGGCGCCAUGAAAGGAUGGCUCGUGGCUAUGGCGUCCCUGCUGGAAGUAAAUGGUGGCGACAUGCGUCGGCUCUGUGAAACCCAAGGCAGAGAGGUGAUGGAGACAAGAGAAUGGGUCGCAAUGGUGUUCGAGAAGACCAGAGGGGAGGAUGGUGGUGAGGAGAACGAGGUCAAAAUGCUAGCUGCAGGAGUUUUGAUCAGGUUGGGAGAGGCCAUCGAAAGGUACCAAGCUUUGCUAAUGGGAGAUCUGGUCGGAUUCCAGUAA